AUGUCCUGCUCUGAGCUGCCGGCCAGACCUGGGACCGAGAAAUGGAGAGCUCAGGAAGGAGUCCCAUGGGGCCCGUCAGACAGAUGGGGGGUCCCCUGCAGCCCUGUACCCAGCUCACUAUGCCCUGUACAGGCUGAGGGCCCCUGCAGCCAGUGACUGCUUCCUGGGGGUCGGCCACAUGCCCACUGUCAAAGGCAGCUCUGGGGGAGGUGCUGGCUGGCUCCCAGGCUGUUGGGUGCAGUGAGGUCAUCACUGCUCAGGCGGCCCAGGGUUUCCAGGGGAACAAAGGGAAUUUCUGGGCUCUCAGGAUGAGCCAUCUCUCCUGGACCCCUGCACCCAGACGCCACUAUUGCCCCAUCCUGGCAAUGGGCUGAGGAAGGGAGCAGGGAGGGGCCGCGCAGCACAGGGGAAGGCCAGCUCAUCUGGAUGGACCCCAAGACUCAAGCCGAGCCAAGAGCUUAGCGCUCGGACACCAGAGCUGGGGAGACCUCGACUCCAUUCCGGGCCUCCUGCUGGCUCUGUGGCCUUGGGUGGGUUCCUAACCCCGGGACCUCAGUUUCCUCAUCUAGGUGGGGGAGCAGAGUGGCACCCCCUCUCCAGGGCUGGUCUGAGGAUUAUCAGGGGAGGUGGCCUGCCUUGCCUUGAACAUUUCGUUCUCACAGAGAAAGCCCCCAACCCUGCAGCUCAGGCCACUUGGCUCCUGCGUCAUCUUCAUCUCUGGGAAUGUGAGCCCUGGAGCCCCUGUCACAUGCAGACGCAGCUGGCGGUUGCCGUGGCAACAGCUAAAGCAGUGGCUGCUCCCUGGCUUUGGGGGUCUGUGGGGGGAGCAGCCUCUUCCACUCAGCUAGAGAGGAAAAGGGGGCCUGUGACGCCUAGCCCCCUCGGGACCUCACUGCCAGCUGUAGGGUGACAGCUUCGGGAAGUGCGUGCAGAGGCUGCGGAGCCCCCAUCUUGGGUAGAGGCCCCCAGGGGCAGGCGCUGACAGGUAUGGUGGGGGGAGCUCGUGGGGGCUGAGCCACCUGCCUUCCCUGUCCCAGCUCUCGUGUCUGGCCAGAUGAGACCCUCUGAGCCCAGUGUCCCCUGGGCCCCACAGGUCUGGGGUUGGAGGAUCAGGGAGCAGGACGAGGAGCUAAGAGCUGGUGGGGGUCGCAGACCAGGGAUGGCAGCCUGGGCCCACCCAGAGACAGACCUGGUUUGCUCAAAAAGUCUGUUUAGGACCCACGAGGUGGCAGGCGUGCCUGGCCCUGGCUCUCCCAGCAGAGCAUAAGAGUCCAGGAAGGGGCAGCGCUGGUAAACGGAGACUUGCACAAGCACAGGCCCAGCCCCUGAGCAGCGGGCACACAGGGCAGGGGCGGGUCUCACCUGGCUCUCACAUUGCUAAGUGCCUGUGAGAUCAGGGCAAGUAGAGUUGGAUCUGGCUGGGUCCCCAUUUCCUAUUUUGUCAAAUGAAAAUGGCAGGCUCAGGCUGAUGUGCCUGGCCCUGUGGGGGCGGGGGAGUGCUCAAGAGUGGACAAUGAGGGGACCCAGACAGUGGGAAGGCCCCCAGGUGGGCCAAGGGGAGCACGGUGUGUCCUGCACAAGAGGCCGGCAAGCUUGGGGCAGGGAGCCCGAGUGGUGGCACCGAGUGGCAGAGGUGGCCCGGGAAAGGGUCUUCACUUUGCCCUGAUGGUUUUCAACGGGGGAACAGAAGACCACCCUGGGGAUCCAGGGGGCCCAGGGCCGGAGGUUGUUGCCUGACCCAGGGGAGAGGUGGGUGCCUGGGCCAGGCCGUGGGGUGGAAGAGGCUCAGGGGCCCUUGGUGGCUUAGCUGGUAUCUUGCCCUGCCCAGCGGGGUCUGCAGGGGACACUGAGACCCCUGGGGGACGUGUGUGGGUGUAACAGCAAAGGCUGGUCAGGCCGGGGGAACUGGAGUUGGCAGUGAGAGCCGCUUGCCCCUCAGGGGCAUCCCAGGGCCUAGCCACCUGGACAGGAAGGUGUCCCCAGAGCAGGGCCUACUCCUCUUUUGGCAAGUGUGGGUUGUGGGGCCACAGCUCCCGCUCACUCUCCUGUCCGGCUCCAGUUGCCCAUGUUGCCAUGGCAGCUGAGCCACCAUGUAGCAUCCUGCCUGGAGCAGCCCAGAUACCACACUGGGACGGAGAGGGAUCCUCUGUGUCGAGUGAGGAAUGGGCCCCGGGCAUCCCCUGAAGCCAGCUCAGUACUUGUCAUUCUGGUCUGGGUGGCCAGAAUCUGUGGGAAGGGAUAGGGCUUGGACUGAGCAAGUCUGCAGCCCUGUGAGGGGCUGGACCCCAUGACCCCAGCAGUGGGCACCUCUGAGCAACGGGGGACACCUCAGUCAUUGCUCAGGGUGGCAUCUGAUUUGAUCAUUGGGGACAGUAUGGCAACACCAGCGAAUGAGCAAGUGGCCCGACCGGAGGUUCUGGCUGUGCUCUCUGCCCGCAGGCUACCCACCAUGUCCACCUUGCUGGAGAUCAAGAGCAGCGUGCUCAGGCAGGUGCAAGUGUGCCCGUCCUUCCGCCGGAGGACUGAGGAGGAGCCGGCGAGCAGCAGCACCGAAGUGCAGGAGCCCGCGGCUGGGGCCUGGAAACCUGGAGAUGGUGUGGAGUUCUUUGCCCAGAUGCGCCUCAUCCUGAAGAAGGGGGAAAGCAGACAGGGCCUGCCGUGCCCCGAGGUCCUCCUGCGCAGUAGCUCCCCAGCCCCCACAGAGCCCGUGGACCCCAGCCGUGGCCUUAGAGCCCUGACCCAAGAGGAGGUGGAGAUGCUCUAUGAGGAAGCCUUGUACACAGUCCUUUACCGCGCAGGGACCAUGGGCCCCGACCAGGUGGAUGACCAGGGGGCCCUACUGAGCUACCUGCAGCAGGUGUUCGGCACCAGCCCCGAGCAACAUGCUGAGGCCAUGGAGCGUGUGAAGAAGGCCAAGGCUCCCACAUAUGCCCUGAAAGUCUCCGUCAUGCGUGCCAAGAACUUGCUGGCCAAAGACCCCAACGGUUUCAGUGACCCGUACUGCAUGUUGGGCAUCCUGCCGGCCUCAGGCACCCUGAGGGAGCCGGGCCCACACAAGGAGCAGCGCUUCAGCUUCCGCAAGGGCAGCAAGCGUGGUGGCCCACUGCCGGCCAAGUGCAUCCAGGUCACUGAGGUCAAGAGCAGCACCCUGAACCCUGUGUGGAAGGAGCACUUCCUCUUUGAGAUUGAGGAUGUCAGCACCGACCAGCUGCACCUGGACAUCUGGGAUCAUGAUGAUGAUGUGUCCCUGGUGGAAGCAUGCAGGAAGCUGAAUGAAGUCAUUGGCCUAAAAGGCAUGAGCAGGUAUUUCAAACAGAUUGUCAAGUCUGCCCGCACAAAUGGGACAGCAGGGCCCACAGAGGACCACACCGAUGACUUCCUGGGGUGCCUCAACAUACCCAUCAGGGAGGUGCCCGUGGCUGGUGAGGACCGCUGGUUCAAACUGGAACCGCGCUCCAGCGCCUCCCGCGUGCAGGGGGACUGCCAGCUGGUCCUCAAGCUGAUCACCACACAGAGGGACACGAGCAUGAGCCAGCGCGGGCGCUCGGGCUUCCUGUCCUACCUGCUGCUGCUCAGCCGUCUGCUGCAGUUCGAGCACCAAGCCGAGGAGCCCAACUCGAGCAGCUGGCGCGGUGAGCUCAGCGGGCCUGCGGCCACCGUGCUCUGCCUGCACGGCGCCCAGAGCAACCUGUCGGCGCUGCAGCUGGCUGUGCUGCACUGGCAGGUCAGCAGCCGCCACCAUCAGACGCGCACCCUGGACUACGGCUACCUUCUGGGGCUGCUGGAAGAUAUGCAGGCACACUGGGAAGAGGCGGCCUCGCUGCCCCAGGAGCAGGAGGAGGGACUGGCAGACAGCUUCUCCGCCUUCUCUGAGUUUGGGCUUCGGUUGCUGCGCCAGCUCCGAGACUACUUCCCUGCCACCAACAGCACAGCCGUCUACCGCCUGGAGCUGCUGUUGAAGUGUCUUGGCAAGCUGCAGCUCUUCCAGCCUUCCUUUGAGAUCUGCCCCUUCGAGACGGAGCUAAACAUGGACAUUGCUGCUGCCCUGAAGAGAGGGAACCGUGAAUGGUUCGACAAGCUCCUGAACUCCCAGAGUCCUCGUGAGCAGCCGGGGCCACAGCGCCUUGCAGGGCUGGUCAAGCUGGCUGACACUGUCUACGAGGAUCUGCAGUCCUGCUAUGGCAUCUAUGCCAGCCUCUUCCACAGCAUCAUCAAGAUCGACUUCUUCACCCUCACCUUUCGGCAGCUGGAGCGUCUGGUGGCUGAAGAGGUGUGGGUGCUGACGGAGGAGCUGAGCCCGAAGAUGACCCUCGAGGUGGCCUCAGGGCUUUUUGAGCUCUACCUGACCCUGGCAGACAUCCAGUGCUUCUGGAGCAGCAUCCCGGGCCGGGACAGCCGCUCCCUUGCCCUGGCUGGCAUCCAUGCCCCAUUCCUGCCUGCUGUGAAGCUUUGGCUGCAGGUGCUGCGGGACCAAGCCAGGUGGAGGCUUCAGGGAGCCGUGGAUGUGGACACGCUGGAGCCCAUGGAUUCCUCCUCCAAGCACAGCAGCUCCGCAGCCACUGCAAGCCUCUGCUUCAGCCACAUCCAGGAGCUGUGGGCCCGCCUGGCAUGGCCAGACCCUGCCCAGGCCCAGGGGCUGGGCACCCAGCUCAGCCAGGACCUGUGUGAAGCCGCCCUCUUCUACACAGAGCUGCUGCGGAAGAAGGUGGACACUCAGCCUGGGGCAGCAGGCGAGGCAGUGAGCGAGCCACUCUGCGUGGUCCUCAACGACGUGGAGCUCCUGCGCAAGGCUGCUGGCCAGGCGCUACGUGGCCUGGCGUGGCCGGAGGGGGCUCCAGGGCUCGAGGGUGUGCUCCCGCGCCCCCUGCUUAGCUGCAUGCAGGCCCUGGAUGAGGACCUGCAGCGGGAGGCCCGAACCGUGACAGCACACCUGACCUCCAAGAUUGUGGGUGACAUCAGGAAGUACGUGCAGCACAUAAGCCUCUCGCCUGACUCCAUCCAGAACGAGGAGGCCAUGGCCCCGCUCCUGAAGUACCUGGACGAGAAGCUGGCUCUGCUGAACGCCUCGCUGGUGAAGGAGAACCUGAGCAGGGUGCUGGAGGCCCUCUGGGAGCUGCUGCUACAGGCUAUUCUGCAGGCUCUGGGCGCAAACCGUGACGUGUCUGCUGACUUCUAUGGGCGCUUCCACUUCACGCUGGAGGCCCUGGUCAAUUUUUUCCACGCUGAGGGCCAGGGUUUGCCCCUGGAGAGCCUGAGGGAUGGAAGCUACAAGAGGCUGGAGGAGGAGCUGCGCCUGCAUCAGUGCUCCACCCGGGAGUGCAUCGAGCAGUACUACUUGGACAAGCUCAAGCAGAGGUCCCUGGAGCACAACCGGUUUGGGCGCCUGAGCGUCCGCUGCCACUACGAGGCGGCCGAACAGCGGCUGGUGGUGGAGGUGCUGCACGCCGCCGACCUGCUCCCCCUGGACGCCAACGGCCUGAGCGACCCCUUUGUGAUCGUGGAGCUGGGCCCGCCGCACCUUUUCCCUCUGGUCCGCAGUCAGAGGACCCAGGUCAAGAGCCGGACGCUGCACCCCGUGUACGACGAGCUCUUCUACUUCUCCGUGCCCGCAGAGGCCUGCCGCCGCCGGGGCGCCUGCGUGCUGUUCACCGUCAUGGACCACGACUGGCUGUCCACCAACGACUUCGCAGGGGAGGCAGCCCUGGGCCUGGGCAGCAUUGGUGGCGUCGCGAGGCCCCAGGUGGGAGGGAGCGCGAGGGCCGGGCAGCCGGUCACCCUGCACCUGCGCCGGCCCAGAGCCCAGGUGAGAUCAGCGCUUAGGAUGCUGGAGGGCCGCAACAACAAGGAGGCGCAGGAGUUUGUCAAGAGACUCAAGGAGCUGGAGAAGUACAUGGAGGCGGACCCCUGAGGCCCUGCGGCCGCCAGCCAGGCCCUCCCCAAGUCCCCGUGUUGUUCUCUCGCCGUGGUCAGCUUUGUGCAGCCGGGCUCGUGGUGCCCCUUCCCCUGCUUCAUGGUGUGUAUGCUGUGGCUGGACUCCCUGGGCUCCCUUUUGCCCUGGUCAUGUCUCUCUGGUGUGUGCUGUGAACCUUCUGUGCCCAGUAAGCCCCACCCCACUGGAUCAGGACGGCCGACCGGGCAGGGUCUGGCCAGCAGCUACCCCCCCCGCCCCCGGAGCAGAGAGAGCAGGCCUGGCCGCCAGGUGAGCUUCCCACCUUCCCUCAGGUUCCACAGCCACAGGGCAGGAGGGUGCUGGUCUUAAAGCAGGGCUCUCGUGGGGCAGCCUUGCCCCCCAGGGGACAUUAGGUGCUGCCUGGAGACAUUUUUGGUAGUCAGUCACAACUGGGGAGUGGGUGAAGGCUGUGCUAUUAGCACCAGUGGGUAGAGACUAGGCUUGACAUCCUGCCAUGAACCCUCCCCCCCCCAACAAAGAAUGGUUCACCCCUAAAUGUCACCAGUGCUACAGAGGACAGCCCUGUCCUAAAGGAAGUUCUGUCCUCGUCUCUCCAGGGCUGAGGCAAGGCCUCACUAGCUGGAGAGGCAGGAAGGUGCGUUUUGAGUCUGGACAAUCCAGGCUUUGGAGGGAGAGGGUGAACAUGUGCAGUGUCCCCACCCUUCUCCAGGGACCCUCCAUCCCAGAGGGCAUGUGGAAGGUGGUUUGCCUGAGAGCUGCACAGGUCUCCAGUCCCCACCCAGCUGACAGGCCCAGGGUCUCUGGCUGAGGAUGUCAUUCAAGGCUGGUCAGUGUAAGGGGCUCCAUGCCAACUGGCCAGCUAUCUGGCAUUUCUUUUCACGAAUGCAUGGGUGCCCACACAAGACCUACCCCGCAGCCCCAUCCCCACACCCCAGACCCUUCUAGGCAGGGUCUGCCUCACUAGAGGCUGAGGGUCCCCCCAAACCCCCAGGCCAAGCGCAGAGAAGCAGAGGCUCACACAGGGUACUCCUUGGCUUGCAGCUUCAUUGGGAGGGCUCUGAGGCAGGACCCAGAGCAAGGCCGGGUUAGAAGCACAGGGAGAAAACCCAGACAGAGUCCAGUCCUGCUGGCAGCUGCAGGGGCUGAGGCCACCAGGCCUGUGUGUGUGUUCCCGCAAGUUCCACUGCCAUCUCUAGAUGUCCUCGUCACUCUGCCUCGGAAAAUAUACAUGUCUGCAGC